AUGAAUCAAGAUAAUUGGACAGAGAUUAUUCAAUUUCUAGAACCGAUUGAUGUAUUGGCCUCUCUUUUAACUAUUAAUCGGACAAUUUAUUCUCUGAUUGAAAAAUGUGUGGUUUCUUUUGAUAAUAUUUCCGAUUAUUGUUUUAAUGAAUCAUUGAAUAUUAGAAUUUUAUUUUCUGAUCGUGAUGAUUUGAAGAAUGAAUUAUCGGAUGAAAAUAUUCCCCUAUUGGGAAAUUGUCGAUAUUUUGUUAAUUUAUAUUUAUUGAAAUUGGCAUUUAAAUUGGAAAAUACAAAUCCAGAAAAGAUGAAAAUUUCUGAAUUUGAAAAGAUAAUAGAUGAACCACAAUUGAAAUUGUUGAGAUUCUAUCGCUCGGUAUUUAGUUGGAGUAAAAAAGAGGAGAAAAAUGUUGAAUAUCUCAUUAAAUAUACACCUAUUGGAGAGCAUUCAAUUGGAAAAUCAACAUUUUUCAAUCAUGUCCAGUUUGGUCAUUAUGAAAAUACAAGUCUCUGGAAGAGUGAAGCUAUUAAGAAGGAAUUUACAAUUUCAAACGAAUCUAGCCUAGUUCAAGUACUGUUUGAUCUUGAUCCACGAUAUCAAACCAAAGAAACAUUUAUUAGAGGACUCAUAAGACACAACAUGUCAUUUCUACUUUCAUUUGGAAUCAAUUACGAAUGUACCUUUGAGAAAUUAGGAGAUUGGUAUCAUUUGAUUAAACAGGAGAAAUUGGAAACCAUGGGAAUAAUGAUUGGUCUGCAUCCUCAUCGACAAAUAACCAAUUAUGAAUUGAAGAAGAUAAAUCCAAGAGAGGUUGUAAGGAAAGCAUUUCAUGAAUUUGGAAAAUUAUUAGUUGUGGAAGUCGAUAUGGAUAAUAAGAAGCAUGUUUUUGUUCCCUUUUGGUUUUUUCAAUUACAAUUUACCUACUUUAAGGAUUUGAAAGAUAUAACACAUAGAGUGCUACUCAAUGAAACACCCAAAACUGCCAGUUCACUUCCAACGAAUUGUUUUAUAUAA